GGCUCUCACACGAGACGAGAUCCACACUCGAAAUCAGUUUCUCUCGCGAGUCACCAUGGGCAAGGUGUACUCACGACUCAGGGAUAGGGUCUUCAAGCCGAGGGCCCCUCCCAGCGACGUCACAGACGCCCCCGCUGCCCUGCCACGACCACCCUUAGCCUCUGAGGUCACGGAGAAGCCUUCCCUGCAGGUGCUGAGUGCCAACCUGUUGCUCGCCGAAAAUGGGGGUCCGCACCACACGGCCGAGUUCGACCUCAUGGAGAGGGUGCAGGGGGCCAAACUUGUGGUCAGGAGAGGUCAACCCUUCGUGCUGCAGCUCGCCCUCAACAGGGGUUUGCAGCCUGAGCAGGACGCGGUUUCCUUCAUUUUCACCCUUCAAGGCUUGAAAAAGCGCAAAGUGCGCGUGAGGGACUACUCGUCUGAGAAUAAUGAGAGCGGUUGCUACCGCUUCUGUGGUGAACCAAAAUACGUUUGGGUUGAGAAGCCGACCCAUGGUCACAACACUUUGAUUGCUAUUCCUUUGCUGGCGCACGGCUCACAGCCACAGUCUGCAAGCGUCUGGGCGGCGGCUAUCGAGAAAAACAUGCCAGAUGCCAAAGCUGUGCGAGUUGUAAUAACGCCAGCAGCCGAUGCUAUAAUAGGUCAGUGGAAAGUGGAGGUUGACACUAAAAAACAACUGGAAGGCAGUGCAGUCAGCUACACUUUUCCCGAUCCAAUUUACAUUCUUUUCAAUCCUUGGUGCAAAGAUGAUUCGGUGUAUAUGGAGGGAGAGCACGAGCGCAACGAGUAUGUCCUCAACGACACGGGCAUCAUUUGGCGCGGCAGCUACAACCGGCUGCGGCCAACGGUUUGGCACUACGCGCAGUUCGAGGCCGACGUCCUCGAAUGCGCCGUGCACUUGGUGUCCGUCGUGGGAAAAAUGGGUCCAGCGUCGCGCGGAGAUCCUGUGCGCACCGCGCGAGCCAUUUCGGCCGCCGUCAAUUCUCCGGACGACAACGGCGCCGUCAUGGGCAACUGGUCUGAUGAUUACGGCGGUGGCACGGCACCCACCAAGUGGCUCGGGUCCAGCCAAAUUCUCCAAAAGUAUUGGAAGGACAAGAAGCCUGUCAAGUACGGACAGUGCUGGGUAUUUGCCGGUGUCGUCACAACAAUCGCUCGGGCUCUUGGCAUUCCUUCACGGCCUGUUACCAAUUACUCGUCAGCCCACGACACCCAAAGCUCUUUGACGGUGGACUAUUUUGUCAAUGAAAAGGCAGAAAUCAUGGAGGAGCUCAAUAGUGACUCUAUUUGGAACUUCCAUGUGUGGAAUGAGGUUUGGAUGCAGCGUCCAGAUUUGAGCGCUGAAUACGACGGCUGGCAGGUUGUGGACGCCACGCCGCAGGAGCAGAGUGAGGACAUGUAUCGUUGCGGUCCUGCCUCCGUGGCCGCCGUCAAAAAGGGCGAAGUGCGCAAACCGUUCGACGGCUCUUUUGUUUACGCAGAGGUGAACGCGGACAAAGUUUUCUGGCGCUACAACGGCCCAACGCAACCACUCAAGUUGUUGCGGAAAGAUAUGAAAGGAAUCGGAAGGUUCAUCAGCACAAAGGCCAUUGGAAGCACUUUCAGAGAUGACAUUACGGAGUUCUACAAAUACCCCGAAGAGAGCAAAGAGGAAAGAGCGGCAAUGCUGACAGCUUUGCGGCAAAGUGCAUCCAUGUUCAGCAGAUAUUACCUCAACGAGGACUUCAAUGACAUGCACUUUGAUUUUGAACUGCGAGAUGACAUAAAAAUUGGCGAACCGUUCAGCGUGGUUCUUGUGAUGAAAAAUCGCAGCCGCAACACAGAUCACACGGUCACAGUGACCUUAAGGGUUGACACUGUGAACUACACAGGGCGCAUCAAGGAGGGCGUGAAAAAAGAAACUACAGAUAGGCUCGUCAAAGCUGGAGCUGUGGAGGAAAUAAGAAUGGACGUUUCUUAUGAUGAGUAUUCGGUGCACCUUGUGGACCAGGCCAGUUUCAACAUUGCCUGCAUGGCGGCUGUCAAAGACACGCAAUAUGAAUACUUUGCUCAAGACGACUUCCGAGUGCGGAAACCCGAUAUCAAAUUCAAAUUGGGUGGUGAUGUCGUCGAAGGUAAAGAAUGCACGGCCACUGUUUCGCUGACCAAUCCACUGCCAGUGCCUUUGAAGAAUGGAACGUUUUCAGUGGAGGGUCCUGGUAUUGUGAAAACUUUAAAGCUGAGGCUGCCAGGAAAUCUGGCGCCACAAGCAACAGGAAGCGUGGAUUUCAAGUUUUCGCCGCACUUCGCAGGAAAGAAAACGCUUUCGGCCAAGUUUUCUUCCGCCGAGUUGGACGACGUUGACGGUUUCCUGGAGUUUAUGGUUAAAGAAGUCGCCACUCCAGCUACCAAUGGAGACGCCCCACUUGCAACUUCAGAAAUUUGAAUUAAAGUGUGCAAGGAUAAAAAUAUUAUGUACUUUUUACAAACUGAAAGAGCAUUUAUGUUGCUUAAUUUAAAUAUCUUGAUAUUUUAUGUAUCUAUAAUCUCGUAAAUUGUAAGAAAAAUUAAAAGUUUUUAUGAAUUACAAAAGAAAAAAUUGUUUAAG